GCGUAUGACUCCAGUUUCACAGUGACUUUAAAGAUUCUUUGGACAUUUUUACUGUCUUGAUUUUAUGUUUACCUCUCAUGUGCCAUUUCUGAUGGUAACAAUGGGAUACACCAUAUUUGCGCUGCACUGCGGCCUUGCUUUUAUUUUUCUUUCUCUCCGCUUUGUCAUCGGAGACAUGAGCUACUCUAUCCCGGAGGAGAUGACACGUGGAUCUAUAAUUGGAAAUAUCGCUAAGGAUCUGGGACUCGAUUUGGGCAGACUGUCCGCUCGAAAAGCUCGUAUAGAUACAGAGGAUAGUGGUGUCAAGUACUGCAGCGUAAAUCUCAAUACUGGCGAGUUAAUUGUACAAGAAAGGAUCGACCGAGAGGGGCUUUGUGCGAAAAAGGCGUCGUGUGUUCUGAAACAGGAGCUAGUGCUGGAAAAUCCUUUGGAAUUGCACCGCAUUCAUAUUCGCGUUCAAGAUAUCAACGAUAACUCACCUCAGUUUAAGGAGGAGUCACUCAACUUUGAAAUACACGAACUGGCAGACAAAGGUACAGGCUUUCCCCUAGAUGAAGCUCACGAUGCAGACAUCGGAGAAAAUGCUGUUCAGGGUUAUUCACUUCAGCAAAAUGAUCACUUCAGAUUAAACGUUAAAUCUAAAGGUGGUGGGAGAAAAUAUGGCGAACUAGUCUUAGACAAAGAACUAGACAGGGAAGACAAAAAAGAGAUUGCGCUGUUACUUACCGCCUUCGAUGGAGGCUCUCCACAGAGAUCAGGCACUGUGGUCAUACACGUCACUGUACUGGAUGCUAAUGAUAAUGUCCCGGUUUUUAGUCAGAAUGUCUAUAAGGCUAGUCUCCACGAAAACUCCCCUCUGGAUACUGUUGUUCUCACAGUUAGCGCCACAGAUGCAGAUGAAGGUGUAAAUGGUGAAGUUAAUUAUGGGUUUGACCACGUCUCUGAGGAAAGACAAGAUUUUUCUUUGGACCCUAAAACAGGAGCAGUGAGAGUGGCUGGAGCAAUUGAUUAUGAAAAGGAAUCGUCGUAUGAAAUCCAGAUUACUGCGAAAGAUGGUUUGGGAUUAGCAUCAUAUGCUACUCUGUUAAUUGAGAUUACGGAUGUAAAUGAUAAUGCACCAGUUAUAAAUCUGAAAUCAAUAUCUAACCCCAUACCUGAGAACGCGUCACCUGGUACAGAGGUGGGCAUCAUUAACGUGCAGGAC